CCACAAAGCCAACCAGAGAUCCUAAGACGUUUGGGCUGGCCAUCCACUCAUAAACUCUUGGAGAUGAGGAAUCCGGGGACACCUUUCAAUUUCUUACUAUGUGCUCUCCUUUCCCUACUCAUCCUCCAAUCGAGUUUCUCGGCAUCUCACAUAGUUGGAGCCGAGAAGUAUUUUGACUAUGAUGAAGAUAGUGAAUUUGGGCCUCAACACUGGGGAGAUCUGGAUCCGGAUUGGGCAACUUGUAAAGAUGGAAAAAGCCAAUCACCAAUAAAUAUAACUCAUAAGAAUAUUGAAGUGAAUUUGAGUCUGGGAAGCUUGAUGACAAGUUACCACAGCACUUUUGCAAUUAUGCAAAAUAGGGGCUAUGACAUAAUGAUUAACUGGACAGAAGGCGCAACACCUGGUGCAGGAUCUCUUUUGAUUGAUGGCAAGGACUAUGUUCUUCAACAAUGUCAUUGGCACUCACCCUCUGAGCAUAAAUUUUUUGAUGAGGGGUAUCCUCUGGAGUUGCAUAUGGUUCACAUAAGUUCAGAUGGAAGCAUAGCUGUGAUUGGCAUCUUGUACCAACAUGGCUCCCCUGAUCCCUUCCUUUCAGAGCUGUGGAAGUACUUGGAGUGUCUAAUAAGGAAGCAGAAAGAUGAGGUUGUUGUGGGAUAUUUAUCUCCGCCACCAAUAGAGAAUCGAGCUCCUUAUUAUAGAUACUCUGGCUCUCUAACCACUCCACCCUGCACUGAAAAUGUUACUUGGAUCCUACUACGAGAGGUGAGGACUGUAUCAGAAGGACAAGUAUACCAGCUAAGGGAAGCUGUACAUGGUGACAAUGCAAGACCAAUUCAACCAAUCAACGGACGCAAAGUGUACUUGUACAAACCAUGGAUACACGAAGAUCAUGCGAGUUCCUAAUGCUACAUAAGUACUUUGAUGGGAAAAUCUUAUUCCAAAUAGCAAAUAAAAUAGCCAAGAGUUUAGCGUACUUUGCUGCUCUGCUUUUAUAAUCUGAAAUAAGGUGUUGUGGCCCUAUGUUGAAGGCCAGCCGCUUAAAUAAACAUUUCAGUAUGUGGUACAUAGUAAUCGUAAUGCAAUGUGUUCUCUUUUCUUGUAUCAGCUAUUUCUUUCUUAUGCGCUAGUUUGUAACCUUUGAUGUCAUCAGAACGAUCGUUGUUUACUGUAAAAUAAAUGAUUUGCUAUUUGGUGAACAAUGACUUGCACAAACGAUGUCAUCAUAUUUUACUAGUUAUAAUGCGCAUGUCUAUGUAUGUGUGUAUCAAAUAAAAUAUCAUAAUAGUUUCGUGUA